UGGAUUGACGCAGAAGGCACACGCGGCGGGCCUGUCGGUGGGGACAAGAUGGUGAAGGCUCAGUACAAGGGGCGGCAAACGAUCAACCCGUCCAAGUCCAGCACCAACCCAGAUCGGCCCAAAGAUGCAGGAGGCCACAGGAGGGACAGGGCGACUAUUAAACGCCUGAAUAUGUACAGGCAGAGAGAAAGAAGGAACAAGCUUGGAAAGGUUGUCAAGCCGCUGCAGUUCCAGUCAACAGUUACAUCUGGGACGACAGCUCGAGUGGAACCAAACAUCAAGUGGUUUGCUAACACUCGAGUGAUAAAGCAGUCAUCUCUGCAACAAUUCCAGAAUGAGAUGGGCAAUGUUAUGAAAGACCCUUACAGACUAAUUUUGAAACAGACCAAGCUUCCAAUGUCCCUUCUGAAUGACCGAGUCACACCUCACAAUUCAAAAGUACAUAUUCUGGAUACAGAAACAUUUGAAACAACGUUUGGUCCCAAAGCGCAGCGAAAAAGACCAAAUCUUAGUGUAUGUGAUGUACAUAGUCUGGUGGAAAAAGCUGAAACAUCAGCGAAAGAUUAUGAUCUGGAAAAAGACCGAGAUUUGGUGGUGGAAGAUACUGGAGUACGGGAUGAAGUUAGAGAAGAAAUUUUCAAAAAAGGACAGUCUAAGAGAAUUUGGGGUGAACUAUACAAGGUUAUUGAUUCAUCAGAUGUUGUCAUCCAAGUGUUAGAUGCCAGAGAUCCAUUGGGAACACGCUCGCCCCAUAUAGAAGCUUAUUUAAAGAAGGAAAAACCAUGGAAACAUUUAGUGUUUGUGUUCAACAAAUGUGACCUUGUACCUACCUGGGCAACUAAACGAUGGGUUGCCGUGCUAUCCCACGAUUAUCCAACUCUUGCCUUUCACGCGAGCCUCACCAAUCCUUUUGGAAAAGGAGCUUUGAUCCAACUUUUGCGACAGUUUGGGAAGCUGCAUAGUGACAAAAAACAGAUCUGUGUGGGUUUCAUUGGUUAUCCAAACGUUGGCAAGAGUUCUAUCAUAAAUGCACUUCGAUCCAAGAAAGUCUGCAAAGUUGCACCAAUUGCCGGCGAAACAAAGGUUUGGCAAUAUAUUACUCUGAUGCGACGCAUUUUCCUCAUUGAUUGUCCUGGGGUUGUGUACCCAUCUGGUGACACAGAGACUGAAAUUGUGCUGAAAGGAGUGGUUCAAGUGGAGAAAAUCAAAUGUCCUGAAGAUCACAUUGCUGCUGUAUUGGAAAGAGCUAAGGCGGAAUAUAUCAGCAAGACCUACAAAAUAGAUUGCUGGACCGAUCCAGUUGAUUUCUUAGAAAAGCUUGCUUUCAGGAUGGGAAAGCUAUUGAAGGGUGGAGAACCUGACGUACAAACUGUAUCCAAAAUGGUGUUGAACGACUGGCAAAGAGGACGAAUCCCUUUCUUUGUGAAACCACCAAAUGCUGAAGACAACUCCAAGCCAUUAACUACGUUAGAAGUGGAAAAAGAGUCUAACAAUUCCGAUCCCGUGAAAGAGUCGCCAGAAGUGAUUGUAGAAAACGAGCCUGAAAAAGUUGAGAAAGAAAUUGUGCCGCAAAUAGUUGCACAAGUCAGGCAAAACUUCGGGAAAAUCAACGUGGCACCCGAAUUUUCUGAGACAGAUCUUCUCCCUGUAAACGUCUCUGACAAUGAAGAACACAGUUCAGAGGAAGAUGAUGAGGGUGAAGAGGAGGAGGAGGAGGAACAGGGAAAGGAGGUUAAUGACGGGAAGGAACCAACUGAUGCUGAUCUAAGUAAACUCCAAGAGAAUAAUCUUCAGUGUGCGGGCAAGCCAAAACGGGUGCUGCGAGAUUUGGAUGAAAAGAUCGCCAAAUGCAAAAAAUUCUUGGAUAAAGCCAAAGCAAAGAGAUUUUCAGCUAUUAGGAUUCCCAAAGAGCUUACCUUAAAAUUACUUGCCCAGCCCGGUCGAAAGGUAGCUGAUCAAACUGAGGAAUCGGCAGAAAAUUGUUGUAGAGGAGGGAAAAGAAAAGUUCAGAAUGAAUCAGAGGAUGAACAACCUCCUGUCAAACUCUCAUCCAAAGAGAAGCGAAGGCUGGAACGUCAGCAGCACUCGAAGAAGGUUGGUGUCCGGUACUACGAUACGCACAACGUCAAGAACAAGAACAAAAACAAAAAGAACACCGCGCCCAAAUCACAGAAAUGUAAUUGGAAACGAUAACUUUGAAAUAAAGAGACGGGCUCUUUUAACAAUUA